GGUUAAGGCGACAGAUUCGAAUGGAUCUUAUCUGUUUCGGUUUCCGAGCGCAGGUUCAAGUCCUGCUCGCGUCGGAUAGGCCCGUUCGUUUUUCCAAUCUUGUACUCUCUGGUCAAGUGCUUGCACGCUCCCGACUUGCUUCUCCCCUACACCGGGCAACCCCCUGCCGGGGACUUCGUUCACAGGCAAACCCUAACAAGCCUCAUGCUUUCCCGUCAUACCAUGACCAUCGAGGGAGUCUCAAG